CUGAAGGUGUACUUCUUGUGAAUCAGUCGCGAGAAAAACGCGACCCAGUACCACCGAUAACGCGAAUUUAUUUGAGCGAUAUCGAACAAUUUUUAUUCGUUUUUUUUUUAAUUACUGUUCCGGGGUUCCACACCUAUUAGUAAAACAAUGUAAGCCUGUAAAGUUUCAAUAUGGUUUUGUCUGAUGAGAAAAAGUGCCCGAGGUCCUAUGGCAUCAAUGAGGGAGAAAAUGCCAGGUCAAACUUUGAACCUGCCGAACCCCCAUCGUGGCAAUUUUGGAAGAGAAGACGCUACGUGGUGGCCACCAUGGCGUUCUUUGGAUUUUUCAACGUAUACACUCUAAGAGUGAACCUGAGCAUAGCGGUGGUAGCGAUGACUCAAAACAGAUUCGAAACCCUGGAAAAUGGCACCAAAAUCUCCUUGGGUCCAGAAUUCGAAUGGAGUAACGAGUUGCAAGGUUAUAUCCUAAGUUCAUUUUUUUAUGGAUACAUGGCCACACAACUACUGGGAGGGUAUUUAUCCGCAAAACUGGGUGGGAAAAUUAUAUUCGUCGGUGGAGUGACUGUUACUGCCCUUCUAACUGUGAUAACGCCUUGGCUGGCUUAUACUCACGUUUAUCUUUUGAUCGGCGUCAGAAUUAUUGAGGGGAUAUUUGAGGGGGUAACUUACCCUUGCAUCCACGCAAUCUGGGCCAGAUGGGCUCCACCACUAGAAAGGAGCAGGUUAGCUACCAUAGCGUUUUCAGGCAGCUACGCCGGUACCGUGGUGGGUAUGCCCGCGUGCGCUUACUUAGCAAACGCAUUCGGUUGGCCCAGUAUCUUUUAUUUUUGGGGUAUUGUCGCUUUGAUCUGGUGCGCCCUUUGGAUGACCAUCGUGGCCAACUCGCCGGAAGAAGACAAAAAAAUCAGCAAAAGGGAGCUGGAUUACAUAUUAGGUUCCAUGGAAAAUAGCUCGAAUAAAAAAGUCGAUAUACCUUGGAGGCAGAUUUUGUGUUCUGCCCCCGUAUGGGCCAUAGUUAUUUCGCAUUUCAGUGAAAAUUGGGGCUUUUACACCAUGCUAACCCAACUACCCAAAUAUUUAAAGGAUAUUCACGACUAUGAUCUAGGGAAGUCAGGGUUUCUCUCUGGGUUACCUUAUUUGGUUAUGGCCAUAAUGAUGCAAUGGGCGGGCCAAUGGGCCGAUUGGUUUAGGGUUAAGGGCAUCUUAACCACCACCCAAGUACGAAAAAUUUUUAAUUGCACCGGAUUUGUCACUCAGACGAUAUUUAUGAUGGGUGCGGCCUUUUGGUCUGACCGAAUCGGCACUGUUUUUUGUUUAUCGUUGGCGGUGGGUCUUGGAGCAUUUGCAUGGGCUGGAUUUAGCGUGAACCACUUAGAUAUCGCACCCCAAUACGCCAGCAUCAUUAUGGGCAUAGGAAACACUUUUGCCACCCUCCCUGGGAUAAUAAGUCCCAUUUUAUCCGGAUAUAUUGUCUCUAAACCCCCUGAAAUACAUGAGUGGCAAACAGUUUUUUACAUAUCGGCGGGUAUUUACUUAGUUGGGGCCAUCUUGUACGGAUCCAUGGCCUCGGGUGAACUCCAACCAUGGGCGAUGGUCCCGAACGAAGAAAAUAACAAGGAAAAAUUAGGAUUCGAGAAUAAAACUUUUAAUUCUCAAGACGAGGAUUUGUAAAUAAAAUUAUGUGAUAAAUUGA